ACUUGCCAGAUUUUUUUUCAGAAGAAUUAUCUGAGUAUACUUAAACAUAAUUUGCACAAUGCUGAGCGCUCAGAUUUUCCAUUUUAUCUGCCUGGUGCUAGUUUCAGGUCAGUCCUCUGACCCAGAAUCUAGAGAGCCAACUCUGAAGGCUUUAAAUUUCGCCUCCAUGCUGAGUGGUAAAUUCAGUAAUGCCAAACAAGUGAAAGCGGAGUCUGCCUUCAUAGAAGAAGAAGAACCUCGUGACUCAUUGAUUUUUAAAGUAACCCCCGUUGAGGUCGCAGCUUUACAACCGACUCUGACCUUCAUAGUUAACGAAAUAGUCAAUGGCAAUCUGACCCGUUACCAUUUGUUGACUAUUUUUGAAGACGACGAAGGCUUUGUCAAUCUGAAGCACUAUAUCAUUCCAAGUAAUUUAACUGCCAGCAAGAUUCAAAACCUGCGACGGGAUGACAUCAAGCAAGAAGUAGGAUGCGAUGCAAAGUACACAAAGUUGACAGAUACAACAUUCAUUGGUUCAUGGCCAGCGUGCACCCAAUUUAGAGUCAAUGUCAAACAACGUUAUUCAGUGACCGUCACUUGUAGCAGCUUCACGAUGACAGUUUUACCAACACAGAAUCUUCCAGAAAGUGGCAACGAGAUUCCUUAUGUCAACUACAAAAUUGAAACAUACCCGCUUCCUGCAUCAGUUCUGGCACGAGCAGGUCAAUUUAAACCAUCUUGCUCAAACUAAGGAGAUUCCAGUGUCAGUUUUACAGAAGUAGAUUAUUAAAAUAAAAGAAUAAAGCGACAUUUAUUGAAGGUAUAAAAGAAGACUUCAUUAUUAGAGUUAAUACAGCUUGGAAUGUUAAUCAAAGUGUUAAUUACCUUCUCGUGGUUAAAUUAUAAAAGUCUAUAAUAUAUUCAUUAUUGUAUACGCAGAUCUACACAUUAAAGUUAUAUCAUUUCUCACAAUAUAUUUAGCUUUUGUUACUGCUGUUGUAUAUAUCUGUAACAAUGACAAGUCGGAUUCAAAAACAAGAAACCUUUUUUUUAAACAAGAAAAACAGAACUAUUUUUUU